UCUCUUCUGCUCCAGUCCAGCCGCCUACAAACAGCAGGACAACUUCAGCUCAAACUUGUCUUCUGUUAAACGACCUCUUAACAUUGUUCUCCAGAUCAGGAUUGAGGAUUAAAGCGCCGCUGGACGCUCGGGAUCAUGGAUGAUCUAGACGCGUUGCUUGCAGAUCUCGAGUCUUCCACCGCACAUAUCUCCAAGUGUCCGGUGUUUCUGCCCGAGGAGACGCCGUAUUCCUUCCCCACCGGAGGACACCUCUUUCAGGAUGACUCUCCCCCUCCACCCUUGCCUCCUCCACCAUCAGCUGAGGCCCUGAACGGCUCUCUCUCACCACGGACGGACUCCCAACACUCCUCACAACAGUCUUUGGGUUCGGCUCAUAAAGUCACGUUGUCCCGGGACAGCAGCCCACCUGCCUCUCAUUCUGAAGAAGACCACGUUUACAGUUUUCCUAACAAGCAGAAGCACUCGGACUCCUCGUCAGCAGUCAUGACUUCUGCGCUGGGCAGCAACUUGUCUGAGCUGGACCGCCUGCUUUUGGAACUCAACGCCGUCCAGCAGAACGCUCCGUCUUUCUCUACGACAGAAGACGCAGCUCCUCCACUGCCACCCUGCAGUGUUGCCCAUUACAUCCAAGAAAAUGGAGCCCAUCCAGGCAUCAUACUGACUCCUGCAUCCCAGGACAAGCCUCAGACGAAGGGGACGGGGGAUGGACGUCCCACUAUGGAGAGUCUUCUGAACGAGCUGGAGAGCUCCGUGCCAUCCCCAACGCCUAACACCUGUGCUCUGACCUGUGAUUUGACGGACGGGCAGUUGGACACGCCCUCAGAGCAGCAGGGCCGAAUAUCUGCCACCUCCGCUACACGAGAACUGGAUGAGCUCAUGGCCUGUCUGUCCGAUUUUAAGCCAAGCUCUUUGGGUUCCCUGAACUCUGAGCCACUGUUUGAUCAAACCACUACCAUUGCUGAAAUCCACCUGCCUCCUACGACCACAGUGUCCAAAUCCCUGUUCCCUACCCACCCAGCACAACCAAGCCGCUGUUCCCCUUCUGUUAACUUUGAAUUGCACAUUGAGGAAGAUUCUGGUGUACCAGGGACCGGCCCUCCACUGUCCUCUGUUGUCCCAAAGCCAGCCCCUUCCUCUAGACGGUCUCCUCCCGCAGCAUCCAGUCCACGGUUUUCUCCGGUAGCUGAUGUAGAUCUAGAUUCUCUCAUUGACGUCUCUUCUUCCCUCCUCACCUCCCAGGUGGAUUCUAUAGUCGUGCUGUCCCAGACUGUUACCUCCAGCACUUCCAAUGUUCCUUUCAGUUUACAUGGAGGUCAUGACCCCUGCCCUGACAACUCUUCUGCUAAACUGAAGUCCUAUUCUCCAAUAACCAAGUCUCCAAGUCCAAUAUGUUCUCCAGCUGUCAGCAGAACUCCUGAAAGAGUCAGUCCAUUGGUGACUCAAACGUCUGCUGGUCUGUAUAUAUCCAGCUCUGAACGUAAACCUUCAACCUCUAGUCCAGUUCCAUCUAUUCCAAGGUCUGCCGCGUCUCCUUUUCCCUCAGUCUUCGAAGCACAAACUUCAUCAUCUCUUUCAUUUUCCAAAGCUAGUUCACCCCCUCUCACCUUCCCCCGUGGCUCAUCUCCAGCAGUCACCAAAUCCCCCAGCCCAAAACCAAUAUCAGCAAACCGUGAGCCAUCCCUUGAUGAUGCCUUGGAUAAACUUUUAGCCAUGAGCUUCAGCAAGCCUGAGAUGGCGUAUCCAAUCCCAGCCUCCGUGGCUCCACGGCUCACUUCAGAGGCCCAACCAGAGAUAUAUGAGGCCACGAUAGUUGCGGCGGAUCGCAGCGAGAUUCAUCCAGACACAAACACGGAGAGCGAGUUAGGGGACGGGCUCCUGGAGGAUCAGUCGGACUGUAGGAGUGAUCUGGACUGGGCUGACAUGGAGUUGAAGCUGGUGUAUGACGGGCCGGAUGGUUCCAUGACCCCCAUGACUGAAGCGAGCUGGAUGGACGAGUCUCUCACUCCGUCGUCUUGCCCUGGAACCCCAGACGCCCAGAUGGAUCUUUCCAUGGUUCAUUCGGCUGGCACGAUGGACAGGAUCUCAGCCUCUGGACAUCUCAAAUCAGUUAUUAGACGCACCAAGGAGAUCCCCAAUGUCCACCCUAUGUAUCGGGAUGGCCUGAUACGUAGAAAGAUGGGUCCCGUUAUUUUUCACAAGAGCAACUCCCAAGACCGGCUCAUUGAGGAACUCCAAGGCAAGCUGGGAAUUGGGCGCAAAGAGAGGGUAAAAAAGCAGCAGUCAGAUGAUUGGCUAACGGAAGGCGUCAUUGUCAUGUCCAACCCCAAACGCUCAAGGGAAGACCACAACAGGGAGGUGGAUAAGAUAAUCAUACCUCCUGACUCUCCUCUUCCUCAAAGAAAGGUGAUCCCACCUCCCCAGUCGCCCCCGGCCCCUCGUGCCCCUCCCCCUGCUGAGGAACCGAGACGUGCCCCUGUGGUCAAAGCAGCUCCUGCCCCUUUGCCUCCUCCUCCACCCCCUGCCCCUUCCCCACCUCCAAGAGAGCCCACACCUCCUCCCCGCCCCCUUGUGAUUCCACCCAGUCCCCCAGCCCUUGAACCUGUAAAACUUCAACCCCCCUUUCCAAAGCGAGUUUCUGUACCCCCACCAAAUCCUGUCCCCCCACCAGCCCCCAAGACCCCGCCCAAGGUGCUGGUGUCAGUGGGCUGUCAGACGGAAUACGACCCUCACUACCCUCCAAUGCAGAUCAUGGCCCAGGGGAAGGCACCACACACACAGGUCAAUAAACUGGACAACAUGCUGGGCAGUUUGCAGUCUGACCUCCAUAAGCUGGGAGUUCAGACAGUUGCUAAGGGAGUGUGUGGCGCCUGCUGCAAACCCAUUGUGGGUCAGGUGGUUACAGCUAUGGGACGCACGUGGCACCCAGAGCAUUUUGUGUGCACACACUGUCAGGAGGAGAUCGGUUCCAGAAACUUCUUUGAGCGAGAAGGACAGCCGUACUGUGAGAAAGAUUACCAUAAUUUAUUCUCUCCGCGCUGCUACUACUGUAAUGGACCCAUACUGGAUAGAGUUGUAACAGCGUUAGACAGAACGUGGCACCCUGAACAUUUCUUCUGUGCUCAGUGUGGAGCUUUCUUCGGUCCUGAAGGGUUUCAUGAGAAGGAUGGUAAAGCGUACUGUCGUAAGGAUUACUUUGAUCUCUUCGCUCCGAAAUGUGGCGGCUGCGCUCGUGCGAUCCUGGAGAACUACAUCUCAGCGCUUAGCUGCCUCUGGCAUCCAGAAUGUUUUGUGUGCAGGGAGUGUUUCACACCCUUCAUAAACGGCAGUUUCUUCGAGCACGACGGGCAGCCGUACUGUGAGGUGCAUUAUCACGCCCGCCGGGGGUCGCUGUGUUCCGGCUGUCAGAAACCCAUCACGGGCCGCUGCAUCUCAGCCAUGGGCAAGAAGUUCCACCCCGAGCAUUUCGUCUGUGCCUUCUGCCUGAAGCAGCUGAACAAGGGAACCUUCAAAGAGCAGAAUGACAAACCUUACUGCCAGGGCUGCUUCAUCAAACUCUUCAGCUAGAAUCUCAACUCUCUGUGUGUGUGUGUGUGUGUGUGCGUGUGUGCGUGCGUGCGUGCGUGCGUGCGUGUGUGUGUGUGUGUGUGUGUGUGUGUGUGUGUGUGCGUGUGUGUGUGUGUGUGUGUGUGUGUGUUGUUCAUGUUGAACGGGUGUAUGACUCUCGACAUGUGCAGGUGGCUUUGCCGGUCAGGUUAAAGCGACGGUGACAUGAUACGUGUUCAUGAGAGCCAGGUUGUUUUCAGAGGGAGAAAUGAUCAGGUGACUGUAUUUGAGAAAGUCUGUGAAGAUGAAUUCUGCUCACUGGAUGAGCCGGUUAGAGGAGAGGCGAACGAGACGUGUGGAGGUUUAUGUACACAGAGGUUUGACACACAACCAGAAGAAUAUAUCAAAAAAAUGACAGCGAAAUCCUUUUAACUGAAACUCAACGGGAGCCGAUAAUUACUGAGUCAUAUUUCACCCCAACAUCAAAAGAAAAAAUAUUCUAUUUUACAUAAAGACUAUAAAAUCAUAAACUAGCUGCAUUUGUAUUUUCCAGUGUUUCAGAAUUGAACUUAACCUCUAUAAAUGUAUGACUUUUAGUGCCUUGUUUUGUAUUACAAAUGAUGCAAAUUAUACCAAAAGUGUAGUUUUGCAUGAAGCAUAAAUACAUGAAGUCUCCCCUGGAUGUUGAAGUUAUAAUUAAAGGCUGAAGUUCUGCUUCUUCAUCAUAAAGUUUCUUACAGUGUAUCAAACAGGUCUUCUGGUACAUCUGUAUGUAAUUCAUACGAAGUUAUAUUUGAUAUAUGGAAUAUUUUGGGUUAAUAACUCAAGCUCUAUUGACAGCAUCUGUGACCUGUUGAACAGAAAAUAGUUAACAAGAAAAAACAUGAGAAAUCCUGUUUAGAGUAAUGCAUUUUUAAUGAAGUACAUAAAUAUGCAACGAUCACAUUUUUUCCGGCAUGUCACCGAUUUUGUCAGUAAAGAUCUGUUGUAUUUAACUCAAAACUUCAGCUACAGUAUCCAGCCAAAUAUGUAUUUAAGAUUUUUAUUUUUAAUGCAGUUUUGCUCAAAACUGAAUAACCACUGAUCAUUUUCCACUUUGUAGACGUGAUGUUGAUGAUCUACAUAGCUGUGACAAUAUUGUGCAAUGUUCAGCCCUUGACUACAGUAUAUGAUUGGUUUUGAAAUGAGAAUCUAAUAUUGUCUUUCUCAUUCUCAGAGACACUUCUAGACAAUAUUGUAACUGCUGUAUUGUUUUACUAUAGUAUACUAAUUCUUUUUUUUCUUGUAGUGUUCUGUUUGCAUGGAAGUCUUAAAGGUCCGUCAGUCACGUUCAAGGGUGAGUUUGAAAACUUGCCAUAAUGUUGCAUUAAAUAAUUGAAUUGGUGAAGUCUUUCUUCUGUUUAUGGAGAUGUAUUGUCACUGGAAGAAGUGAUUUUCAGAUCAAGAGUAUUUAAGAUAUGAUACCUAAUGUCUGUUAGAAUGGCACAGCUUUCCGGGUGCCUGCCAAAAAAAUAUUGCGAAUGUGAUUUAAUGAAUGCAUUUAAACAAAUACAGUGCAUAUGAACUUUCCACCAGCAAGUGUUUCAUAUAUGAAAGCUUUUCUAUGAUCCAAUGUGCCAGAGAUCUGUAAAUGCAAUUCUCUCUCGUCUGCUGUUUUAAGAACACUACUUUGAAAGUAGAGGAUAUUCUUAUUUGUUUUAAUAAAUUCACUAUGAUUAUGUUUUCUUUGAUGACUAUAAUCUGUCCUGUCGUUCACCAUGUGUCCCGCUUUUAAAUGCCAUGUGCCAAAAGAGCUUGCAGUGGAAAUGUGGACAUUAUAAAUCUGUUUUAAUCACAUAUUUACACUGGUCAAAUGUUUUGCUUUUGUUCAUCUUAAGAUACUUUUAUCAUACAAAAAAUUAUAUAAAACCUUUCCCUUUAUUGCUCUGUCUGAAUCAUUAUUUUACUGUUGCUUAAAUUUUACCCAAUGUGAAAACAGCUAAGCGUAUUUUUAUUUUCUCCUGUAACACUGUCACACAUGUUGUUCUGUCAGUCUUGGUUACUGUUUCAAUUCAUACAAUACAUCAAAAUAAAUGUGAUGUUUUAA